CUGAAUCCACAGGAACGGGUACAAGUUCACCUGCUGAGAAGACCAACGCCUCUCUCGCCACAAGCCCAGUCCAAGACACUUCAGCCCUGGCCAGCACUUCAGCAGCUGGAUCAAGGCCAACGUCUCAAGGGAGCACUCCCUUCCCUGAGACGGGCACUGUACCAACCGAGACAUCUCCUGCUGGGACACACACCAGCACUGCAGCUGAGACGACAAAAAGCACUCUGCGCAGCACUACUGACAGUGGCACAAGCCCAAACACCUCCCUGCCCGGAACAUCAGUGGAAACCACAGAGAUGGCUGGAAGCUCCCUAUCUGCUGAGACCACCACUGGCUCUGUAACUAGUCCCCUCCCUGCAGAAACAUCAACAACUCCAAGCGAUGCAACUGCUGGGACACCCAGCACUACGCAAACAAUGGGACCUACUUCGGCAGCGGAAAGCGCUACCCCGCUUCAUACUACACUUAAGGUGGGCACCACUGCUGGAACUGAGAGCACCACCGGCCUCUUUUUCUCAAGUCCAUCAGCUGAGAGCACUACUGAAAAGGCAACGCCACCUUCUCAGACAACGAGUGUCGCUGAGACCUCCAGCCAAGCAGAGAUCACAACAUCUGAGUCCCUAACAAGUAGAGACACUGUCACAAACCUUCUGCUCUCCAGUAACCCUUCUGUUACUGCAAGUCCAAGGGACACCUUCACAACAGCAGAAAGCACCACCGCUGUGCCACACACCAGUUCACCUGGUGGGACGAAAACUGCAGAAGACACCACUAAAGUAGCAGACACCAGCACAGUUUCCUUCUAUCCCACUACGUCAUCUGAGUCCACAAAAGAGUCUGCAAGCAAAUCUACUUCCAUGACAGACUCGUCUCAGACGACUUCCCGGACUGAUAGGCCCUUAAGUGUUGGGAGCAGCCCGCCAGAGAACUCAUUUGUAAGCACCGCAGAGAGCACUACGACAUCAGCUACGCCUACCAAAGCAAGUACCUCGAUAGAAAGGGAAAUAUCCACAGUUCUCCCAGGAAUCAGUAGUCCCCAGGCAACAGCUGAAACUUUGGGCACCACUAAUGCACCAGGAGAAACCACAACUGUGUCUCUUGCAAUUCCAUCUGGCAGGUCCACAGAGAUGUCCAGAAGCAGAUCUCCUCUCACCACUUUUGUGACUCUCACCGCUACUACAGAGGGCAGCUCAGGCACCGUAGCCCAGAGUACGGUGCAAAAAUCAAGCCCUACCACCUCUACUCUAGCAGAGACCAGCACCUCUGAAGGCACUAGCGUAACAGCGGAGAUGCUCACUUCUUCAACAGCAACUUCUAGCCCUAGUGAGACGAGCAUUAUUCCUGCAAAGACAACUCCAGACUUCUUUCCUUCUAGUGCAACAACUGAAUCCACAGGAACGGGUACAAGUUCACCUGCUGAGAAGUCCAACGCCUCUCUCGCCACAAGCCCAGUCAAAGACACUUCAGCCCUGGCCAGCACUUCAACAGCUGGAUCAAGGCCAACAUCUCAAGGGAGCACUCCCUUCCCUGAGACGGGCACUGUAGCAACCGAGACAUCUCCUGCUGGGACACACACCAGCACUGCAGCUGAGAUGACAAAAAGCACGCUGCGCAGCACUACUGACAGUGGCACAAGCCCAAACACCUCCCUGCCCGGAACAUCAGUGGAAACCACAGAGAUGGCUGGAAGCUCACUAUCUGCUGAGACCACCACUGGCUCUGUAACUAGUCCCUUCCCUGCAGAAACAUCGACAACUCCAAGCGGUGCAACUGCUGGGACUUCCAGCACUACGCACACAAUGGGACCUACUUCGGCUGCGGAAAGCUCUACCCUGCUUCAUACUACACUACAGGUGGGCACCACUGCUGGAACUGAGAGCACCACCGGCCUCUUUUUCACAAGUCCAUCAGCUGAGAGAACUAUGGAAAAGGCAACGCCACCUUCUCAGAUGACGAGUGUCGCUGAGACCUCCAGCCAAGCAGAGAUCACAACAUCUGAGUCCCUAACAAGUAGAGACACUAUCACAACCCUUUCACUCUCCAGUAACCCUUCUGUUACUGCAACUCCAAGGGACACCUCCACAACAGCAGAAAGCACCAUCACUCUGCCACAAACCAGUUCACCUGGUGGUACGACAACUGCAGAAGACACCACUAGAGUAGCAGACACCAGCACAGUUUCCUUCCAUCCCACCACAUCAUCUGAGUCCACAAAAGAGUCUGCAAGCAAAUCUACUUCCAUGACAGACUCGUCUCAGACGACUUCCCGGACUGACAGGACCUUAAGUGUUGGGAGCAGCCCGCCAGAGAAUUCAUUUGUAAGCACCGCAGAGAGCACUAUGACAUCAGCUACGCCUACCAGAGCAAGUACCUCGAUAGAAAGGGAAAUAUCCACAGUUCUCCCAGGAAUCAGUAGUCCCCAGGCAAUAGCUGAAACUUUGGGCACCACUAAUGCACCAGGAGAAACCACAACUGUCUCUCCUGCAAUUCCAUCAGGCAAGUCCACAGAGAUGUCCAGAAGCAGAUCUCCUCUCACCACUUUUGCGUCUCUCGCCGCUACUACAGAGGGCAGCUCAGGCACCGUAGCCCAGAGUACGGUGCAAAAAUCAAGCCCUACCGCGUCUACUCUAGCAGAGACCAGCACCUCUGAAGGCACUAGCAUUACAGCGGAGAUGCCCACUUCAUCAAGACUAAAUUCUAGCCCUAGUCAGACGAGCACUAUUCCUGCAAAGACAACUCCAGACUUCUUUCCUUCUAGUGCAACAACUGAAUCCACAGGAACGGGUACAAGUUCACCUGCUGAGAAGACCAGCGCCUCUCUCGCCACAAGCCCAGUCCAAGACACAUCAGCCCUGGCCAGCACUUCAGCAGCUGGAUCAAGGCCAACGUCUCAAGGGAGCACUCCCUUCCUUGAGACGGGCACUGUAGCAACCGAGACAUCUCCUGCUGGGCCACACACCAGCACUGCAGCUGAGACGACAACAAGCACGCUGCGCAUCACUACUGACAGAGGCACAAGUCCAAACACCUCCCUGCCCGGAAAAUCGGUGGAAACCACAGAGAUGGCUGGAAGCUCCCUAUCUGCUGAGACCACCACUGGCUCUGUAACUAGUCCCCUCCCUGCAGAAACAUCGACAACUCCAAGCGGUGCAACUGCUGGGACACCCAGCACUACGCACAUAAUGGGACCUACUUCGGCAGCAGAAAGCGCUACCCCGCUUCAUACUACACUUAAGGUGGGCACCACUGCUGGAACUGAGAGCACCACCGGCCUCUUUUUCUCAAGUCCAUCAGCUGAGAGCACUACUGAAAAGGCAACGCCACCUUCUCAGACAACGAGUGUCGCUGAGACCUCCAGCCAAGCUGAGAUCACAACAUCAGAGUCCCUAACAAGUAGAGACACUAUCACAACCCUUCCACUCUCCAGUAACCCUUCUGUUACUGCAACUCCAAGGGACACCUUCACAACAGCAGAAAGCACCACCGCUGUGCCACACACCAGUUCACCUGGUGGGACGACUACUGCAGAAGACACCACUAGAGUAGCAGACACCAGCACAGUUUCCUUCCAUCCCACUACGUCAUCUGAGUCCACAAAAGAGUCUGCAAGCAAAUCUACUUCCAUGACAGACUCGUCUCAGACGACUUCCCGGACUGACAGGACGUUAAGUGUUGGGAGCAGCCCGCCAGAGAACUCAUUUGUAAUCACCGCAGAGAGCACUACGACAUCAGCUACGCCUACCAGAGCAAGUACCUCGAUAGAAAGGGAAAUAUCCACAGUUCUCCCAGGAAUCAGUAGUCCCCAGGCAACGGCUGAAACUUUGGGCACCACUAAUGCACCAGGAGAAACCACAACUGUCUCUCCUGCAAUUCCAUCAGGCAGGUUCACAGAGAUGUCCGGAAGAACAUCUCUUCCCACCACUUUUGCGCCUCUCACCGCUACUACAGAGGGCAGCUCAGGCACCGUAGCCCAGAGUACGGUGCAAAAAUCAAGCCCUACCACCUCUACUCUAGCAGAGACCAGCACCUCUGAAGGCACUAGAAUAACAGCAGAGAUGCUCACUUCUUCAACAGCAACUUCUAGCCCUAGUGAGACGAGCACUAUUCCUGCAAAGACAACUCCAGACUUCUUUCCUUCUAGUGCAACAACUGAAUCCACAGGAACGGGUACAAGUUCACCUGCUGAGAAGACCAACGCCUCUCUCGCCACAAGCCCAGUCCAAGACACUUCAGCCCUGGCCAGCACUUCAGCAGCUGGAUCAAGGCCAACGUCUCAAGGGAGCACUCCCUUCCCUGAGACGGGCACUGUACCAACCGAGACAUCUCCUGCUGGGACACACACCAGCACUGCAGCUGAGACGACCACAAGCACGCUGCGCAGCACUACUGACAGUGGCACAAGCCCAAACACCUCCCCUCCCAGAACAUCGGUGGAAACCACAGAGAUGGCUGGAAGCUCCCUAUCUGCUGAGACCACCACUGGCUCUGUAACUAGUCCCCUCCCUGCAGAAACAUCGACAACUCCAAGCGGUGCAACUGCUGGGACACCCAGCACUACGCACACAAUGGGACCUACUUCGGCAGCGGAAAGCGCUACCCCACUUCAUACUACACUUCAGGUGGGCACCAAUGCUGGAACUGAGAGCACCACCGGCCUCUUUUUCUCAAGUCCAUCAGCUGAGAGCACUACUGAAAAGGCAACGCCACCUUCUCAGACAACGAGUGUCGCUGAGACCUCCAGCCAAGCUGAGAUCACAACAUCAGAGUCCCUAACAAGUAGAGACACUAUCACAACCCUUCCACUCUCCAGUAAACCUAAUGUAACUGCAACACCAAGGGACACCUUCACAACAGCAGAAAGCACCACCGCUGUGCCACACACCAGUUCACCUGCUUGGACGACUACUGCAGAAGAUACCACUAGAUUGGCAGACACCAGCACAGGUUCCUUCCAUCCCACUACGUCAUCUGAGUCCACAAAAGAGUCUGCAAGCAAAUCUACUUCCAUGACAGACUCGUCUCAGACGACUUCCCGGACUGACAGGACGUUAAGUGUUGGGAGCAGCCCGCCAGAGAACUCAUUUGUAAUCACCGCAGAGAGCACUACGACAUCAGCUACGCCUACCAGAGCAAGUACCUCGAUAGAAAGGGAAAUAUCCACAGUUCUCCCAGGAAUCAGUAGUCCCCAGGCAACGGCUGAAACUUUGGGCACCACUAAUGCACCAGGAGAAACCACAACUGUCUCUCCUGCAAUUCCAUCAGGCAGGUCCACAGAGAUGUCCGGAAGCAGAUCUCCUCCCACCACUUUUGUGACUCUCACCGCUACUACAGAGGGCAGCUCAGGCACCGUAGCCCAGAGUACGGUGCAAAAAUCAAGCCCUACCACCUCUACUCUAGCAGAGACCAGCACCACUGAAGGCACUAGAAUAACAGCAGAGAUGCUCACUUCUUCAACAGCAACUUCUAGCCCUAGUGAGACGAGCACUAUUCCUGCAAAGACAACUCCAGACUUCUUUCCUUCUAGUGCAACAACUGAAUCCACAGGAACGGGUACAAGUUCACCUGCUGAGAAGACCAACACCUCUCUCGCCACAAGCCCAGUCCAAGACACAUCAGCCCUGGCCAGCACUUCAGCAGCUGGAUCAAGGCCAACGUCUCAAGGGAGCACUCUCUUCCCUGAGACGGGCACUGUACCAACCGAGACAUCUCCUGCUGGGACACACACCAGCACUGCAGCUCAGAUGACAACAAGCACUCUGCGCAGCACUACUGACAGUGGUACAAGUCCAAACACCUCCCUGCCUGGAAAAUCGGUGGAAACCACAGAGAUGGCUGGAAGCUCCCUAUCUGCUGAGACCACUACUGGCUCUGUAACUAGUCCCCUCCCUGCAGAAACAUCGACAACUCCAAGCGGUGCAACUGCUGGGACACCCAGCACUACGCACAUAAUGGGACCUACUUCGGCAGCAGAAAGCGCUACCCCGCUUCAUACUACACUUAAGGUGGGCACCACUGCUGGAACUGAGAGCACCACCGGCCUCUUUUUCUCAAGUCCAUCAGCUGAGAGCACUACGGAAAAGGCAACGCCACCUUCUCAGACAACGAGUGUCGCUGAGACCUCCAGCCAAGCAGAGAUCACAACAUCUGAGUCCCUAACAAGUAGAGACACUAUCACAACCCUUCCACUCUCCAGUAACCCUUCUGUUACUGCAACUCCAAGGGACACCUUCACAACAGCAGAAAGCACCACCGCUGUGCCACACACCAGUUCACCUGGUGGGACGACUACUGCAGAAGACACCACUAGAGUAGCAGACACCAGCACAGUUUCCUUCCAUCCUACUACGUCAUCUGAGUCCACAAAAGAGUCUGCAAGCAAAUCUACUUCCAUGACAGACUCGUCUCAGACGACUUCCCGGACUGACAGGACGUUAAGUGUUGGGAGCAGCCCGCCAGAGAACUCAUUUGUAAUCACCGCAGAGAGCACUACGACAUCAGCUACGCCUACCAGAGCAAGUACCUCGAUAGAAAGGGAAAUAUCCACAGUUCUCCCAGGAAUCAGUAGUCCCCAGGCAACGGCUGAAACUUUGGGCACCACUAAUGCACCAGGAGAAACCACAACUGUCUCUCCUGCAAUUCCAUCAGGCACGUCCACAGAGAUGUCCGGAAGAACAUCUCUUCCCACCACUUUUGUGACUCUCGCCGCUACUACAGAGGGCAGCUCAGGCACCGUAGCACAGAGUACGGUGCAAAAAUCAAGCCCUAGCACCUCUACUCUAGCAGAGACCAGCACCUCUGAAGGCACUAGCGUAACAGCAGAGAUGCCCACUUCUUCAACAGCAACUUCUAGCCCUAGUGAGACGAGCACUAUUCCUGCAAAGACAACUCCAGACUUCUUUCCUUCUAGUGCAACAACUGAAUCCACAGGAACGGGUACAAGUUCACCUGCUGAGAAGACCAGCGCCUCUCUCGCCACAAGCCCAGUCCAAGACACUUCAGCCCUGGCCAGCACUUCAGCAGCUGGAUCAAGGCCAACGUCUCAAGGGAGCACUCCCUUCCCUGAGACGGGCACUGUACCAACCGAGACAUCUCCUGCUGGGACACACACCAGCACUGCAGCUGAGACGACAACAAGAACGCUGCGCAGCACUACUGACAGUGGCACAAGCCCAAACACCUCCCCUCCCAGAACAUCGGUGGAAACCACAGAGAUGGCUGGAAGCUCCCUAUCUGCUGAGACCACCACUGGCUCUGUAACUAGUCCCCUCCCUGCAGAAACAUCGACAACUCCAAGCGAUGCAACUGCUGGGACACCCAGCACUACGCACACAAUGGGACCUACUUCGGCAGCGGAAAGCGCUACCCCGCUUCAUACUACACUUAAGGUGGGCACCACUGCUGGAACUGAGAGCAUCACUGGCCUCUUUUUCUCAAGUCCAUCAGCUGAGAGCACUACUGAAAAAGCUACCCCACCUUCUCAGACAACGAGUGUCGCUGAGACCUCCAGCAAAGCUGAGAUCACAACAUCAGAGUCCCUAACAAGUAGAGACACUAUCACAACCCUUCCACUCUCCAGUAACCCUUCUGUUACUGCAACUCCAAGGGACACCUUCACAACAGCAGAAAGCACCACCGCUGUGCCACACACCAGUUCACCUGGUGGUACGACAACUGCAGAAGACACCACUAGAGUAGCAGACACCAGCACAGUUUCCUUCCAUCCUACUACGUCAUCUGAGUCCACAAAAGAGUCUGCAAGCAAAUCUACUUCCAUGACAGACUCGUCUCAGACGACUUCCCGGACUGACAGGACCUUAAGUGUUGGGAGCAGCCCGCCAGAGAACUCAUUUGUAAUCACCGCAGAGAGCACUACGACAUCAGCUACGCCUACCAGAGCAAGUACCUCGAUAGAAAGGGAAAUAUCCACAGUUCUCCCAGGAAUCAGUAGUCCCCAGGCAACGGCUGAAACUUUGGGCACCACUAAUGCACCAGGAGAAACCACAACUGUCUCUCCUGCAAUUCCAUCAGGCAGGUCCACAGAGAUGUCCGGAAGCAGAUCUCCUCCCACCACUUUUGUGACUCUCGCCGCUACUACAGAGGGCAGCUCAGGCACCGUAGCCCAGAGUACGGUGCAAAAAUCAAGCCCUACCACCUCUACUCUAGCAGAGACCAGCACCACUGAAGGCACUAGCAUAACAGCAGAGAUGCUCACUUCUUCAACAGCAACUUCUAGCCCUAGUGAGACGAGCACUAUUCCUGCAAAGACAACUCCAGACUUCUUUCCUUCUAGUGCAACAACUGAAUCCACAGGAACGGGUACAAGUUCACCUGCUGAGAAGACCAGCUCCUCUCUCGCCACAAGCCCAGUCCAAGACACAUCAGCCCUGGCCAGCACUUCAGCAGCUGGAUCAAGGCCAACGUCUCAAGGGAGCACUCCCUUCCUUGAGACGGGCACUGUAGCAACCGAGACAUCUCCUGCUGGGCCACACACCAGCACUGCAGCUGAGACGACAACAAGCACGCUGCGCAUCUCUACUGACAGAGGCACAAGCCCAAACACCUCCCUGCCUGGAAAAUCGGUGGAAACCACAGAGAUGGCUGGAAGCUCCCUAUCUGCUGAGACCACCACUGGCUCUGUAACUAGUCCCCUCCCUGCAGAAACAUCGACAACUCCAAGCGGUGCAACUGCUGGGACACCCAGCACUACGCACACAAUGGGACCUACUUCGGCAGCGGAAAGCGCUACCCUGCUUCAUACUACACUUCAGGUGGGCACCACUGCUGGAACUGAGAGCACCACCGGCCUCUUUUUCUCAAGUCCAUCAGCUGAGAGCACGACGGAAAAGGCAACGCCACCUUCUCAGACAACGAGUGUCGCUGAGACCUCCAGCCAAGCCGAGAUCACAACAUCUGAGUCCCUAACAAGUAGAGACACUGUCACAACCCUUCCACUCUCCAGUAACCCUUCUGUUACUGCAAGUCCAAGGGACACCUUCACAACAGCAGAAAGCACCACCGCUGUGCCACACACCAGUUCACCUGCUUGGACGACUACUGCAGAAGAUACCACUAGAGUGGCAGACACCAGCACAGGUUCCUUCCAUCCCACUACGUCAUCUGAGUCCACAAAAGAGUCUGCAAGCAAAUCUACUUCCAUGACAGACUCGUCUCAGACGACUUCCCGGACUGACAGGACGUUAAGUGUUGGGAGCAGCCCGCCAGAGAACUCAUUUGUAAGCACCGCAGAGAGCACUACGACAUCAGCUACGCCUACCAGAGCAAGUACCUCGAUAGAAAGGGAAAUAUCCACAAUUCUCCCAGGAAUCAGUAGUCCCCAGGCAACGGCUGAAACUUUGGGCACCACUGAUGCACCAGGAGAAACCACAACUGUCUCUCCUGCAAUUCCAUCAGGCAGGUCCACAGAGAGGUCCGUAAGCACAUCUCCUCCCACCACUUUUGUGACUCUCACCGCUACUACAGAGGGCAGCUCAGGCACCGUAGCCCAGAGUACGGUGCAAAAAUCAAGCCCUACCACCUCUACUCUAGCAGAGACCAGCACCACUGAAGGCACUAGCAUAACAGCAGAGAUGCUCACUUCUUCAACAGCAACUUCUAGCCCUAGUGAGACGAGCACUAUUCCUGCAAAGACAACUCCAGACUUCUUUCCUUCUAGUGCAACAACUGAAUCCACAGGAACGGGUACAAGUUCACCUGCUGAGAAGACCAGCUCCUCUCUCGCCACAAGCCCAGUCCAAGACACAUCAGCCCUGGCCAGCACUUCAGCAGCUGGAUCAAGGCCAACGUCUCAAGGGAGCACUCCCUUCCUUGAGACGGGCACUGUAGCAACCGAGACAUCUCCUGCUGGGCCACACACCAGCACUGCAGCUGAGACGACAACAAGCACGCUGCGCAUCACUACUGACAGAGGCACAAGUCCAAACACCUCCCUGCCCGGAAAAUCGGUGGAAACCACAGAGAUGGCUGGAAGCUCCCUAUCUGCUGAGACCACCACUGGCUCUGUAACUAGUCCCCUCCCUGCAGAAACAUCGACAACUCCAAGCGGUGCAACUGCUGGGACACCCAGCACUACGCACACAAUGGGACCUACUUCGGCUGCGGAAAGCUCUACCCUGCUUCAUACUACACUUCAGGUGGGCACCACUGCUGGAACUGAGAGCACCACCGGCCUCUUUUUCUCAAGUCCAUCAGCUGAGAGCACGACGGAAAAGGCAACGCCACCUUCUCAGACAACGAGUGUCGCUGAGACCUCCAGCCAAGCCGAGAUCACAACAUCUGAGUCCCUAACAAGUAGAGACACUGUCACAACCAUUCCACUCUCCAGUAACCCUUCUGUUACUGCAAGUCCAAGGGACACCUUCACAACAGCAGAAAGCACCACCGCUGUGCCACACACCAGUUCACCUGGUGGGACGACUACUGCAGAAGACACCACUAGAGUAGCAGACACCAGCACAGUUUCCUUCCAUCCCACUACGUCAUCUGAGUCCACAAAAGAGUCUGCAAGCAAAUCUACUUCCAUGACAGACUCGUCUCAGACGACUUCCCGGACUGACAGGACGUUAAGUGUUGGGAGCAGCCCGCCAGAGAACUCAUUUGUAAUCACCGCAGAGAGCACUACGACAUCAGCUACGCCUACCAGAGCAAGUACCUCGAUAGAAAGGGAAAUAUCCACAGUUCUCCCAGGAAUCAGUAGUCCCCAGGCAACGGCUGAAACUUUGGGCACCACUAAUGCACCAGGAGAAACCACAACUGUCUCUCCUGCAAUUCCAUCAGGCAGGUCCACAGAGAUGUCCGGAAGCAGAUCUCCUCCCACCACUUUUGUGACUCUCACCGCUACUACAGAGGGCAGCUCAGGCACCGUAGCCCAGAGUACGGUGCAAAAAUCAAGCCCUAGCACCUCUACUCUAGCAGAGACCAGCACCUCUGAAGGAACUAGCGUAACAGCGGAGAUGCCCACUUCAUCAAGACCAAAUUCUAGCCCUAGUGAGACGAGCACUAUUCCUGCAAAGACAACUCCAGUCUUCUUUCCUUCUAGUGCAACAACUGAAUCCACAGGAACGGGUACAAGUUCACCUGCUGAGAAGACCAGCGCCUCUCUCGCCACAAGCCCAGUCCAAGACACUUCAGCCCUGGCCAGCACUUCAGCAGCUGGAUCAAGGCCAACGUCUCAAGGGAGCACUCCCUUCCCUGAGACGGGCACUGUACCAACCGAGACAUCUCCUGCUGGGACACACACCAGCACUGCAGCUGAGACGACAACAAGCACGCUGCGCAGCACUACAGACAGUGGCAGAAGCCCAAACACCUCCCCUCCCAGAACAUCAGUGGAAACCACAGAGAUGGCUGGAAGCUCCCUAUCUGCUGAAACCACCACUCGCUCUUUAACCAGUCCCCUCCCUGCAGAAUCAUCAACAACUCGAAGCGAUGCAACUUCUGGGAUACCCAGCACUACGCACACAAUCGGACAUACGUCGACAGCGGAAAGCGCUACCCCGCUUCAUACUACACUACAGGUGGGCACCACUGCUGGAACUGAGAGCACCACCGGCCUCUUUUUCACAAGUCCAUCAGCUGAGAGAACUAUGGAAAAGGCAACGCCACCUUCUCAGAUGACGAGUGUCGCUGAGACCUCCAGCCAAGCCGAGAUCACAACAUCUGAGUCCCUAACAAGUAGAGACACUGUCACAACCGUUCUACUCUCCAGUAACCCUUCCAGUAUUGCAACUCGAGGGGACACAUUCACAACAGUAGAAAGCACCACCGCUGUGCCACACACCAGUUCACCUGGUGGGACGACAACUGUAGAAGACACCACUAGGGUAACAGACAACAACACAGUUUCCUUCCAUCCCACUACGUCAUCUGAGUCCACAAAAGAGUCUGCAAGCAAAUCUACUUCCAUGACAGACUCGUCUCAGACGACUUCCCGGACUGACAGGACGUUAAGUGUUGGGAGCAGCCCGCCAGAGAACUCAUUUGUCCACAGAGAUGUCCGGAAGAACAUCUCCUCCCACGACUUUUGUUCCUCUCACCGCUACUACAGAGGGCAGCUCAGGCACCGUAGCCCAGAGUACGGCGCAAAAAUCAAGCCCUACCACCUCUACUCUAGCAGAGACCAGCACCUCUGA